AUGGACCACCCAGAGCCGCUCUGUGGAAGGGGCAUGAUCCGGAGCAAAGCUGUGAGAGCCAAUGAGCUCCAUACACAAGUUUCCAUCGACUCUGCCCCUGCACACACAGCUGAUGCUCUGCUGACACCCUCUGGUUUCAACUCCAGUGACCCGCAGCCCAAAGGAAGACCCAGGCGCGGAGCUAUGUGCGGUCAGCUCCACAAAGAGGACGAGGGAGGAAACUUGCUUUUAAUAAACAAGAUAAUAGAUGCCAUACAGCCCGCUCGCACCACCACCACGGCCUCUGCAGAGAUGGAUGGCUAA